UACGAUAAUAAUUUAUGUAAAGAUUCAAGCUUCUUUAACUUUUUAUAUAUUUAAAGACUAAACAGGAUCUGUAUCAGUCUAACCAUGUAAUACCUGACGUGUGAGGAUAUUGUGAGUAUCGACACUCACAGGUACACUUCCUGUCCAACCAUUUCUGCGAGAGAAACAGUACAAGGCAGAGUUGCCAACCUACCACUUUUGAUACUAAUAUUCAACAAUAUUCAUGGCUUUAGCAAUAGUUCAUUAGACGUUCCUUUUUCAUACUUGAUUACUUGGUUCCAAUUUAGGUGGCUAAAAAUGUAAAAAGCUUAUUUGUUUUAUUUCUGUUAUUUUUAUACCUGCUUAGGAACACUGCUAAGCGCUGCGGGCCCUGCUGUCUGCUCUGACUCAGUCGUAUUAGUAAGGCUACAUCUGUGGUGGUCCGUGGAUUACUCGCUAAUACAAAAGUAAAUUUUUCUCACUAACAACCCUAUGGCUUCUAAGCAAACAAUGUUAACUUCUUUCUUUCGUAAACAAGCUGAGAAGUGUAACAAGAAUAACGUAGAAGAGACUGAUAACAGUAAAAGUGACAAAAGCUGUGUUUCGCCUGCUUCUGGUUCAAAUUUUCUAACCGGGUCCAAAUGCAGUUCUGAAAGUAAUGGUCCUUCGAAGUCAGGCUUGUAUCCAUGUUCAGAUGUUUGGACUGAAGAAAUGUGGAAGAAAAAGGAGGAAACUUAUCCAUAGUCAGACUUCAAGGAUGAUAAACUUGGGAGUAAAGUAUGUGCAACUGCAAACAAAAGCAAUCUGACACUUCUCACUUCUAAGGGUUUGAGGCUGUCAAAUGAAUGGCAGAUGUACCAAGUAUCCUAUUAUGGAGCCAAUCAAAGUACACACUUGAAGUCUCUCAGAAAAAAAAUUGUUGAUCACAAACUAUGAAAAGCUCACAUUGCUGCUCUAAGUGUUGAAAAUAUACCUAGUGAAGAUGCUCUUGGAAAAUUAUGUGACACCGUGAAUACUUCACAUCUAAAUGCAACUUGUUCAAUUUUUCGUUCUGCAUAUUAUUUAGCUCAGAAUGACAGACCAUACUCUGAUCACUUUGGCUUAUUAGAACUUCAAAAAAUUAAUGGUAUUGACAUUGGAAUUGGACUGCAUUCCCGCCGCACUAGUGCUACAGAGAUAAUUAAUCACAUAGCCAUUAAUAUGAAAAAGAAAAUUUGCUAGCAUAUCAAGCAGAUAAAUGGCAAAUUUUCUGUUCUCAUUGAUGAAUAAACAAGCCUGAGCAUUAAGACCGCCCCAAUAGCUUAUUUGAAAACUGAAAGUGAUAAGGAAGAUGAUCAGCAUUUUAUGUCUUUAGAUCUAAUUGAACUGCCUGAUCAGAAAGCUGCAACUAUUGCUAAGCAUCUAUUGAACUGUCUCAAUAACCAUGGGUUUGAUGACUCUUACUUGAAACAGAACCUUGUAGCAUUUGCUAGUGAUGGGGCGGGUGUAAUGCUUGGUGUCAAAUCUGGUGUUGCUACAAUUCUCAAGGAACAUUACCCUGAUGUGAUAAUUUGGCACUGUCUUAUACACAGAUUAGAACUUGCAGUAGGUGAUUUGGUGAGAGAAGUUCAUGGAAUAAAUCAUUUUCAAUCAUUUAUGGACAAAUUGUACUCUGUUUACAGUAGAUCACCUCUAAAUCAAAAGGAACUGUCUGAAUGGGCCUCUCAACUAGAACAACAAAUUUGCAAAAUAGGCCAUGUUCUGGGCACCAGGUGGGGAGCAAGCUCAUUUCGAACAGGUUCAGCAGUUUGGCAAAAUUAUGAAGCACUGUGUUUUCAUUUUGAAAAAGCAAUGAAGGAUGAAACAAGAUCUGGGAGUGACAGAAAAACCUAUGAAGGUCUGUUGAAAAGACUCUCUUCAGAACAGUUUCUACUGGACUUUGCUCUAAUGUAUGACACAUUGCAUGAACUUGGUUUACUGUCAGAGUGUUUACAGAAACGCACUACUACGAUUGUUUAUGCAGACAAACUGAUCCAAUGGAGCAUAAGAUCACUGCAUGGACUGAAAGAGCAACCCGGUACAAAAACUCCAGAAGCUCAAGAGGCAGUUGAAAAGGGGAAGUUUGGAGAAAUUACCUUAACAAGCAACAACAAAAUUGUCUCCAUUAAUUAUCUACAGUUUCCUACUAAUCUUAUAAACAAUUUGCAGCACUGUCUGUUCACUGCAAAAUACUUGAAAGGUUCUCAAACUUCUAAACCUCAAAGUAUGUAUAAAUCCCUGCUAAGUGAAAUGUAUGUCCUCGAUAAACAUAACUGGCCUGCUGAAAUACCGCCUAAUUAUGGAGAAGUUGCAUAUCAUCUCUCUGUAAGAGGUUUAAGCUUUCUUCUUCCUCUGUAAUAAAUGCCUGUGGAGGAUUGUGGAUGCUGCAUCCCCCAAGAUUUAUGCCCAUUACUGAGCUGUUCACAAGUUAUUCCUGCUAGUACUGCUGAGUGUGAAAGAGGAUUCAGUCACAUGAUCUUGAUAAUAACAACAACAUGCUCAAAGAGUCUCAUAGAUCACGUAUCAUUACUUAUGUUUGUUAAACUACACGGACAUCCUCUAGUUCAGUGGAAUCCUGAGCCGUAUGUCACAUCAUGGCCGCGGUACCACAGAUCAGCAGAUGACACCAGGACAAGAGUUGCUUCAGACCCUCGAACACAUAUUACGCCUGACCCUUUGUGGAAAUUAUUGUGGAACUUCUCAUUGGUGGCAUUUGCUGCAGAGAUAACUGGAGAGCCAAAAUCUACGAUUGCACACUUGAUACAUAGCAAGAUCGACUGUGAGAAGAAUGGGCAUUACGCGAGGGACAACAGGAAACAUCACAAAAAUAUAACAGCGAAAGUAAGUAUCCGGAUUCUGAAGAGGCCCCUCAAUCAAUAUUUUUUCAUUGGUGUGCAUGUUAGUGGACUAAUAUUAAAAAACAAGUCAGAGGAGCUAGCUGAGAAGCUGGGUCACUAAAAUUUAAAGCAUCAGAUGGUUGGUUGUGUCGAUGGACAUGUAGGCACCACAUUAAAUUCAAGAAAGCACAUGGCGAGAAAGGUAGUGCUAAUGCUGCAAGUGCAGAAAUGUGGAAAUCUACAAAACUACCCAACUUGCAUCAAAAAUUUUGUGCCACUGAUAUUUACAAUGCUGAUGAAACAAGCCUUUUUUUGAAAAAAAAAUCACACCACAUUGUACUGUUUCCUUUCCUACAAACAUGCAACACUAUCAGGUUCAAAGAAAGCAAUGGAUCACAUAAAUGUGUUGUGUUAUACAAUUAAGUCAGGAACUGAUAAAAAGAAAUUGUUGCUCAUUGAGAAAAGCAUUAAACCUCGAUGCUUUAAGGAGCUAGGAAUGGAUAGUUUACCAAUUGAGUAUUAUGCUAAUAAUGCGCGGAUGAUUCCCAACAUUUUAAAGGAAUGGUUGAUGAGUAUGGAGCUGCAGUGGAAAACAAGCAAAAUUCGUCCGCUUGUUGACAAUUGUGCAACACACCCUAAAUAUAAAAUUUUUGAGGAACAUCCAGAUUGAAAUUCUGCUUGUCAAUAUACAACAUCCUUGAUACAGCCAAUAGAUAUGGGAAUUAUUAAAAAAUUAAAGACUUUGUGCUGCAGAAAAGUGCAUUCUUGAAGCAACUGGAGAAAAUCUACUGACAUCUUUAACAGUUAAGGAAGUGAGUGCAAGGGUUAAUCUUUUUACCGGCAGUACAGUUUGUCAGUGGUAGUUGGUGAGAAAGCAGCAUCAAGAUAAUUCAGAACUGUUUUUCUCAUUGUGAUUUCAAGCAUUCAGCUUGGAGAUGUUGAAAACUGCCAGGAGUGAAAAUGAAACAAUUUCACUAUCUCAACAAAUUAGGAACUACACAGAGUUUGAAGGUAUUGACAAUUAUCUUGAAUGAUACAAUGAAAAUGAAGAUUUGGGGGGCUACAAUCAUUGAAAGCACUGUAUCAAAACACCAAGAUAGGGAAUAAGAAGGAAUGAGGAUGACACAACUGAACGUGAGCUAAUGACUGCACAGGAUGCCAAGAAAGUUACGACUUUAUUUCAUACAGGAAGGCAAUGAAGGCAGUCCAUUAUCUGUACUAUGUGUCUACACUGAUUUUGUUCAUCUACAAUCAAUGAAAAGGACACCCAGCAUACACUUGAUGAAUUCCUCUGUCAGUAACCAUUACAAGCUAAUAGAGUUCUAUUCUACUGUAGUAAUAUUGGUAGCGUAAUAAUUUGUUCUGUAUUUUAUUUAAAUACAAAAUUUGUUACUCAGGUAAAGGUAGGUUGUUUUUUGUAUACCUUCUUAACUAUUUCCAUGAAACUUCGGAUAAUUAGGGCAGCCGCUUAAUUCAGCCAAAUGUACAUGUUCUGAUGCAUCCCAGCUGAAUCCACUGUACUUCAAAAUGCAUGCAUGUACAAAGCAUCAGCACAUAAAUAUAUUGACAAACUUAGUGCACUGAUAUGCCGUUAUUUAGUUCAUUAAAUAACAACUAGUACAGAUCAUUAGAAGAUGGACAUGUUGAGAUUCCAGGUCAUUUGUGAUACCUGUACUACCUUAUAAAAUGGAAAAAUUGUACAUAUUAAACCAACAAUCUGUGUGAAAUAAAUGAGACAUCUUACAUGAUUUAGCAAAUCAUGAACAAACUGAGCAAACACAGACUACAUUAUAGACAGCAAAUCUAAAACCUUGAAGUGCAUGUCAGGUCCCAUCUGGAGCACCAUAUCCAGUUUUGGGAAUCACAUUUCAGCAAGGAUAGAGAAGGAGCAGAUAAAACGUAUUGAAAUGAUACCAGGCAUAAUCAAGUAUAGCAACACACAUCAAAGUUGU